AUGGAAGCCAUGUCAUUUAAACUCGCCCCUUCUCAUUUUCUGUUAGCAUCUGUACUCUUUGCGAUCUGGUGGAUCUACGUCCGCCUUUCCCCAGCAACAGUUAUGGCAUCUUCAUCAUCGAACCGCACCGACCCCCACAUUCUAGGCAACGCAUAUCGCGACAAAGGCCUAUUAGAUGAGGCCGAACAGAUGUAUACCCAGGCCUUAGCGGAAAGGGAGGCAAGACUAGGACCAGAACACGCCUCAACCAUCGACACCGUCAACAACCUAGGUCGAGAAGAGAAAAAGAUCUCAGGCGCAGAGCACACAGCAACUCUCGACACAGUCAAUAACCUUGCGAUCGUCUACUGUCUACAAGGAAAAGUAAACAAGUCCGAAAAGAUCUUCAUGCGAGUUCUAUCCGGGCGAGAGAAACACCUCGGAGAAAACCACGCGGCAACCAUCGACACGCUCAACAAUCUAGGAAACCUCUACAUUGCACAAAAAGAACUCAAAAAAGGGGAGGAUAUGUAUCUCCAGGUCCUGGCCAGAAAAGAGGCACUGGUCGGAGCAAACGACGACAUCGCAGCUCUCAAUACCGCCAACAAUCUUGGCAAUCUGUAUUAUUCACAGUCGGAACUCGACAAGGCGGAGCAGAUGUACACGCGAGCGCUAGCGGGGAGUGAAAAGACGUUAGGAAAGGGUCAUCCCUCAACCGUGGAAACUCUCAAUAGUCUCGGAAAGCUGCAUAAUGUGCAGAGAAACUUGGGCAUGUCGGAACGGAUGUAUCUGCGGGCGCUGGAUGGGGCUGCGAAGGAUUUGGGUCCGGAUCACCCCUCGACGUCAGAGACGGUUACCAAUCUUAUGGACUUAUAUUGUGCUAAUGGCAGGAUGGACAUGGCUCGACAGUUACAGGAGAGAUGGCUUCGUAUGUGA